AUGAGGCCGCCGCCGGAGACAAAUACGCGGCCGCAGCUACGUCGUCCUCGUCCAGUGCCAUUGGUGACGGUGGCCGUGUCCGUGGCGCUCGUCUCGCUACUGUGCCUUCCUGUCGCCGCGGACGCAAGCAGAGCGCUGCACUACAGCCGGGACGAGCACCGGAGGCACCAGCACCACCGUGCGAGGGAGAGCAAGAAGAACAACCACGUCUCGCUUCCUCCCGACGCCGACGGCGGCGAUUCUCCGCCCGAGCCUCCGGAAGCUGGCGGCGCCGGCGCGCCGCCGCCGCCGCUCCCACCGCCUGCCGAGGACGACGACUGCGGCGACGUGUUCGACGUGAGGGCGUUCGGCGCGUCGGGCGGCGACGACGGCUCGUGCAGCGACGACACGCUCGCGUUCCGCGCGGCGUGGAAGGCGGCGUGCUCCUCCGACUCCGCCACGGCCACGCUGCUGGUGCCGUCCGACGGCGUGUUCACCAUCAGCUCCACCAUCUUCUCCGGGCCGUGCAAGCCCGAGCUCACCUUCCAAAUCGACGGCGUCCUGAUGCCGCCGGACGGGCCGGCGAGCUGGCCGGCGACCGACAGCCGGAAACAGUGGAUCGUCUUCUACAAGGCCGACCGCUUGACGCUGGCGGGGGAAGGCACCAUCGAAGGCAACGGUGAGGAGUGGUGGGAUCUCCCGUGCAAACCUCACAGGGGUCCAAACGGAUCGACGCUGCCCGGACCAUGUGACAGCCCUGCGCUCAUACGAUUCUUCUUGAGCAACGACGUGACGGUGUGCGGCCUGCGGAUCGAGAACAGCCCGCAGUUCCACCUCAGGUUCGACGACUGCGAGCGCGUGCGCGUCGACGGCCUCUUCGUCAGCUCGCCGGCGUCCAGCCCCAACACGGACGGCGUCCACGUCGAGAACACCACGUCCGUCCAGAUCCUCAACUCUAGGAUCUACAACGGCGACGACUGUGUCUCCAUCGGCGCCGGAUGCUCCGAUGUCCACAUCGAGAACAUAACAUGCGGCCACGGCCAUGGCAUCAGCAUCGGCAGCCUGGGUGUCCACAACACGCACGCCUGCGUGUCCAACAUCACGGUCCGGAACGCUCGGAUCCUCGACUCCGACAACGGCCUCCGGAUCAAGACGUGGCAGGGCGGCACCGGCGCCGUGUCGGCGGUCGAGUUCGCCGGCGUGCAGAUGCAGAACGUGAAGAGCUGCAUCGUCAUCGACCAGUACUACUGCCAAGGCCACGGGUGCGCCAACCAGACCUCCGCGGUGCGCGUGGCCAGUGUCACGUACCGGGACAUCCACGGCACGUACAACCCGCAGGCCGGCGCGCCCAUCCGCCUCGCGUGCAGCGACGCCGUCGCCUGCACGGACAUCACCAUGUCCGGCGUCGAGCUGCUGCCGGCCGGCGGAGACGACGGAGCGCUGCUCGCGGACCCCUACUGCUGGAACGCGUACGGAGUCAUGGAGACGCUCACGCUGCCACCAGUGUACUGCUUGCUAGAAGGCAGCCCGGAGUCUCUCCAGGAUCCGCUCACGAGUUGCUGA